AAUAAGCUAUUUUUCAUUGGAUUAUAUGAUUUUGAAAUACGAUGGCGUAAGAAUGCAAAUUCAUUAUCACGUGGAUACUUUAUUUAUAACAUACUAAAGAAUCCCGGUAUAAACUCAUUGUUCUUUGCCUCGUUCGUACCCAUUACUAGUCGACAACUAGACAUGAAAGAGUUUAUCCGAUUUACGUUACUUUUCUCGUCUUGUCUUGUGUAUUUUCCAUCAUACACUUUGGCUAAAGAAACUAUUAGUUACUUAGACCUAACUCAUCCCUUGAGCAAUUCGACUACCAGCUACUUGCCGGGUGUGCAGCCAUUUCGAGUAACAAUAUCGAAGAAAGAAAUCAAAGACUCUUCCGAAACCUUUUGGUAUCAAACGGAAAAUUACGCUACUUCAACCCUCGUGGGCACUUACCUGGAAGCGCCGUGCACGUUUUACAAAGAGUCAUGGUGCGUGAAUGACAUACCAAUGGAUCGUCUGAUUGCCCCUGUCACGUUCAUGAACAUAUUGGGGGAAGUUAAAACUAAUGCUUCGUACGAAAUCACUCCUGAGGAUUUCAUCUGUUUUGAAAAGGAUAACGGAAAGAUUAAAAACGGAAGCAUUUUAUUGAUUUACACCGGAUGGAGCCGAUAUUGGAACGAAUCAGACAAAUAUUUUGGGAAAAGCAAAUUACAAUUUCCGAGUUUGUCAGAGGAAGCGGCUCGAUGGUUGGUUACCAACACAGGGAUUGUGGGUAUAGGAAUCGACACGGCAUCCAUAGAUCCGGGAACCUCCACAAAUUUUAGAGCGCAUCGAAUUUUUGCAGGAAAGAAAAUAUUCAUUUUAGAAAAUGUGGCUAACAUGGAUCAAUUCUCCAAGGCGUGCAAAAUUAUUAAUUUAUAUGUCUUUCCCCUGAAGAUAGCCGGCGCUAGUAAGGCGCAGUGUUCUAUAGUGGCGCAGAUAGAAAAUUCCGCUCCUUUAGCUUCCUCCGUUUGGAUGCUUACAGUAUUACUUUGUUUAUUUUGUAAACUCUUCUAAUUGUUAACGUAUUGUCAAUUAUGUAAUUUCGGAACGACAAACUGACGAAUCCAAAAUAAAUUUUGAAUGUCGAAUUAUUACUAUUUAUUGUAAUAUAUAUAUAAAAAAUGUAUAAAUAUUAAAAACGGAAUUGAAUAAAUUUAUAUUGCACCUUGUGGUAAA